AUGAAUAAAUAUUCACCUGAUGGCCUAGUAAAUUUAUAAUAAAUCGUAUUAGAAAUGCCUUUUAGGUGCAGUGUUAGUAAAAGCAGGAUAAGCACUAUUAAUGACAUGGGGAAAAUCUAAUGUUUAUUAUUAUUCAUAUUUCAAAAUGAAUGAUCCUGACUUGUCAGUUGCUUACAAUACAUUGCCGAUUGCAUUAAUGGGUAUACCAUUGGCAGCAGCAUCAGUCUAUUCAUUAAAAAUCGCCGAUAAAAUAGGCUAUGAGAAACUAAUAAGAAUCACGGCAUCAUUAUAAUUUUUGUCGUUCCUCUUAGCGUUACACGCUAACUCUUAUUUGGAAUUCAUAAUUUUUUAUUUGGGUUUUAUUGGUUUAGGAUAUGCAUUAUUAGCAUUUCCAUUGUUGAAAUGCUUGUGGAGUCACUUUUCGGAGGAGGAAGGAAUGGUCACAGGUAUUUUAUUUGGAGUAUUUGGAUUUGCGACAUUUUUCUAUCUACUGUUGGUUACAUAUAUAGUGAAUCCCAAUAAUGAAUAAGCCACUUUAUCAGUAAUGGAUUAUUUAUUACAUAGAUGUAAGUAGGUUCAUAGUAGUAUCUGUAUUUCUCUGAGCAUGUUGCAGUUAACACACGUUAAGCGAUUAAGUAUGCUGGAUUCAUAGCAGGUACUUUAAGUGUCUGUGGCAGUCUAUUGAUAAACCAAAGAAAAUUGGAAGUGGCAGAAGAGUAGGAAUUAUAGAUUUUGACCAGUGAAAUCUAGAACAUUAAAAUAGCUUCAAAUGAUCCUCUUUUGUAAGUGGUCAGAACUCCCUAAUUCAAAAUAAUUCUGGGAUCUUACUUUACUGUUUUCUUUUUUGAAGUAACUUUGGGAUUAAACUAUAAAACAUAUGUUCUACAAAAGGUAGAUAUAUAUUUAUAGUUUAAGAGAUAAAUAAUGAUCAAUUGAUUACAUGGGUUGACACACUUGGAAUCAUUCUUGGAUCAAUUGCUAAUUUCGUCUUUGGGAAGAUGGCUGAUUCGAUUACAUUCACUGUCUUGCUCCAUAAAUUAUUGAUAAUGAUGAGUAUAAUAGCUGUGAUGAUUCCGAUUUCUUUGAAUAUUUCAAAAGAUUUAUUCAUUAUUGGUAAUGUUCCCAUGUAAACAUAGAUUAUCUAUUAUUAUCCAUUGUAUCUAAAGGAAUUAUAGUAAUCUUGGGUCCAGGAUUGCUCUAGAUUUUUGGUAAGAAAACUGGUGCAGAUAUACUCCCAAUAGUCAAUUUUAGUGGAUUGUUAGGCUUCAUCAUAUCAGCUCUCUCAAUAUUGCUAAUAGUCCCAGUGUUGAGAUUUGAUGGCACAUUCAUUUUCCAAGGUUUGUUGAUCGGAUUAGCUGCCUAUAGUACUAAAAAGCUCAAUUAAUGA